AUGGCAUCUGGCUCGCAGCAGAAUACCAACAAUGACUUUGUGGACCAUACGCAACAGCCUCAGGUUCAGCAACAGCAUCACAUUGACGGGGGUACAUCUCAUUCAAGCAAUAGCAACGUCGGUGUCUCGCCAGAGUACACUACUGAUAAUCAUCUUGCUGGACUUGUUCAAGCUGCAACUGCGGCUGCUGGACAGGACGUUGGGUGGGCGCAGAACGAUGACAGUGACAUGAUGGCGGCUGGUCAUGGCCGGGCGAUCCAGAGCCACCUGGAUAGUUAUGGCGUUGGCAUGCACCUGGAUGACAAUGGUUUUGCGACGACUAGCCAAACCGGCCAUCCGUUUGGUGGUAUACCUACCAGCGGAGACUCCGCAGUAGGCGUAGACAGAUCAAUGAGUGCAUCAAAUUCAACGGGCAGUGCGACAACGCGGAAACGAAAGCGGAACCAGUCCAAUGUUGACCCAGCCAUGACUUCAGCCACGGCGCGGUUCAGAUUUGGGGAUGGAGAUGAAAGUCUUCACACCCAGGAAGUGACGGUUACCCAAGCUCCUUCUGAAAAUGAUGGAAGCUCUUUGGAUAUCCGAGAGAUGCCGCCUCAAAGAGUAAUAUCCGAUGCUCGUGCAGCGGGUGUCCAUUCUGCCGUUGCCCUCUUCAGACAGCCAUCUGCGACGAGCAAGAAAGCUACGCGCCCGCCGAUGUCGAAGAUGUUUGCUUCCUUGGAAUUAUCACCGGAGAAUUUUCUUCACCUUCAAGCUGCUGCAAAGGCAUAUAUGCUUGAUGAAAAUCACCCUGAACGACGUGACUGCGUCGGUCAGAGAGGACGGGGGGACACCGAGAUGGUAAAGCUACGAUUGUGGAACUGUGUUGGCGAUUUUCUUGAGCGGGAAGGAAAUGGGUUACGAUUUUUUGGAGAAAAUGCUGUGAACGAGGGCGUAGGCCCAAGGGAGAUGAUAUGGCCUAGGGAUGAUCAGAAAAUCAUUUCACUCGUCAUUCCUCUCCUUAGACGUAUGGUUACCAACGAACGACAGCGCCAAUAUGCCAUCGAAACACGGAAAGGAGGCAACACUGAGGAUAAGGAGAAACGAAAUUCAGCAACUGUGUCGGACACCAUACCCGAAAGCGUGCAGCGAUAUCACCAGCCACCUCCUAACAACAACACCGAGCUUGGGAUGUUAGGUUUAAUAAGGACUGAAUACCCUACCUACCCAACGGAUUGGGACUCUGUCGCACGCUCAUAUGAUACGUAUAACCAGGGUUACCGUUUGGAUAACCUUGGAUCGAUUUCCGGCUUGUCUCAGCAAGAUUGGUGGGGACUAGUUGCAACAGUCGACUGCCAUUAUCAGCUUGACCAUGGUGGAGAUGCGACACUGUGUACGGAUAGCUGCCAGGAGUGCACCGUUAACCACAUAAUGUCGUCUGAGUCCAUGUCCGAAAUAAACUUUCGAAUAAGCGGCGAAGAAGACAUUGCUGCGCGCAAUUAUUUCGCAAGUGGUAUAACCCGUGAUGUAACCCGCAUAGUGAAAAGCCAUCUUCUGGAGCAUCCGAACAUCCAACAAAAUAACGGCGACGCCCACCAACAUCAUCCUCAAUUUCCAACAUCAGCGCCGAUGAUCCAGCAACCCGACCACCAGCAACCCGACCACCAGGUACAGAUACAGCAGGAACUAGAGCAACAGCCACAACAUCACCAAGUGCCUGACUCUCUGCCCGUGACAGUAUCGAUCAAUAUUAUACAAGAUCAAGAACACAAACGGAUAUAUCCUCGUUUCCAGGUCACCGCUAACCAGUGCGCUGAUCUACCUACCUUGCUUAACACCAUCCGUCAAUACUACCAUGGGCAAACUAACAACCAGGCCCCACAGACUAUGCGCGUUAGAGCAUGGUUGGAUGAUGGGCUUCAGCCAAUACUUAACGAUACGCAGUGGCUGGCUGCGUUAGUCAUGGCCAGCGAAAUAGAGUGGAUGGAUGACGAGUUGAAGGUCAUCGUGGAUAAAUUUGAAGGUAUCUCCGUAUAG